UGACAGCAGGCGGGUCUCCAUGUGUUUACAGCCGCGCAACAACUCACUUUCCGCCGCUUUCCUGUGCGCUUUCCACAAUGGAAAACAGACACACGGGUUCAGGAUGACGACCAGGAACUAUGACUAGGAAAUUGUACCGUUGUUACUGCGGUUUUUAUUAGUGUUUAUGAUCAUGGCGGCGGCGAUAAACUCUGAACUUCAACGCCAGAACGAAACAUGGAAGCGUCACAUUAUCAGACAGCUGAAAACCCGCAACAGGACUCAGACGAGCCUCUUCCAGGACAUUAUACAGUCAUAUCACAGCCUGCUGGAGAAGUCCAAGCAAAGAGCCCUCAUAACCAAAGGCAUUCUGGGAUCAGGGUCAAGGAUCUCACCAGUUCCCUCAUCAGAAGAUUCGCUGGCGUCCCUAAAGACCACCACCGGUGAGCUUGCAUACCAAGUGGUGGAACUGCAGCAGAGAGUCCAGAUGAAGGAAGUGACACUGGAUGAACAGCAUAACAAGUUGUUUGAGGUUCAAAACCAUCUUAGUAUUAUGGCAUUAGAACACAGCGAGCUUCAGGAACGCGUGACGGAGGUGCGGACUGGAAACCGACUCCUCAAACAAAAAUAUGACUCUCUCCUGGAGCAGCACCAGAAUAUGGAGAAAACAUACCGGCAGGAGAAACUCCACAGCGCAGAGGUCCUGGAGAACAUGAUCCGACCAAAACAGCAGGCUGCUGCCCGCAUGAACCAUCGCAAUGAGAAGAGAGUGAGAGCCAGAGAGGCCAGCAUUCACAAAGAGCUUCAGGAGGCUGCCAAUAAGAAUGUCAAUAUUAAUGAAGAGUCUGGAAAUGUUUCACCUCCCAAUCCAUCAUCUCCACAAAGUGAAACUGCAGAGAGGUUGGAAAGAUCCCACGGGCCGCUUUUCAGAUCUGCUUCAGCUACGUCCCCCCGCAUCAUCAGCUCCAUCAGGGGUCUUUUUGAGAGGAAGAUUCGAGGUAAAUCAGUUUGCCGGUCAGAGGAGGAUCUCUAUAUACCAUUAGGAGUCUGUCUGGUUGCCAGAGUUCCAACCAAAGCAGUUUCUUCACUGGAUGCUCAUGAUCUGGGAAUCAAUGCUGUGAGAUUCAGCACCAGUACAAACCUAUUGGCCACAGGAGGAACUGACAGAGUCAUUAAACUGUGGGACAUUGAAGCAGGAACUCUUCAGAACAGAGGGACUCUAGAUGGAAGUAAUGAGGGGAUCACCAGCAUUGAGUUUGACCCGACGGGAACACGGAUUUUAGCUGCGUCAUAUGACAAGUCGGCUUUAUUUUGGAGGAUAGAGGACAGCGUUCCCAAGGUCACGUUGACGGGUCAUUCUCGUAAAGUGACCGCGGCCAGAUUUAAAUACAGUCAGAGGCAGGUGGUCACGGGCAGUGCGGACAGAACUGUGAAGAUAUGGGACCUCCAGCGAGCAGCUUGCAUACAGACCAUUGAGGUUUUGUCUUUCUGUAGCGACGUGGUGUGUUCCGAAUACCUUAUCAUCAGCAGCCAUUAUGACAAGAAAAUACGGUUUUGGGACAGCAGGGCAGCGACCUGCACACAGGAAGUGCCUCUUCAGGGCAGAGUGACAUCACUGGACCUUUGCCCGAACCACAGACAGCUGCUCAGCUGCUCCAGGGACAACAUCCUGCAGCUGGUGGACCUAAGAAAGAGCAACGACAGGGUGGCCUUCAGAGCGGAAGGCUUCAAAUGUGGAAGUGACAGCACCAAGGCCAUCUUCAGUCCGGAUGGCAGUUUCCUGGCAGCUGGAUCUGCAGAUGGUGCCGUGUACAUAUGGAACGUGAACACAGAAAACCUGGAAAAACACCUUCCUGACAUGCACAGUGCUCCGAUAAGUGCCUUGGCCUGGUCUUUAUCAGGUGAAUAUGUGGUAAGCGUGGACAAGAGCCGUCGAGCUGUGCUGUGGAGUGAUAUCUGAGAACAGACACCGGCCACCUUCAUCGUAUCAUGAAGUCUGCAGAUGCACUCGCUGGGAUGUCAUCAAAACACAGCCAUGUUGGGAAAAGCUCACGCUCUGCACUCCGUCAUUAGUAAGAGCCGUAGUGUUGUGAUGGUCGUUGUUGCUAAGAAGCCGUGUCAUUCAAACGCACAAACACAUGCGCUGAUGAUACAGGGCUCUGGCGACUGUCGAGCAGAGCUGGCUGGGUUUUGUUUUGAAACCUUGUUACAAAUGAAUUACUGAUGCAGAACGUGGCGAAGCAUUUGUAGGCUUUCCUGCCUCUUGAUGACUUGCUAUAAUUGUCAGCAAACGUGGAGAUCUGAGGUCGCUUGACGCACACCAGAUAUUUCUGCCUCCGGGAUUUGAUAUCAAAGGGAAACAUGGACAAAACGGGAGCAGCGUAUUUAAAAAAACACGACAACACAUUUGUGAUUACAUGGAAACUCAACCCCAGUACUUUCACAUGUCAGUCCUAUUUUUAGAGACCAAAAUAGAGAGCAGACGCAUCGUUUUGAAUGCCUGACCAGAGCCCAUUGUAUAUUGUCAUACAAUGACAUUGAAUCUUGAAUGCAAUACAAAUGUGAUGAAUAUUAUAGAUAGAAAUAUAUAAAUACACACACUACCAUUCCAAAGUAAGUGGGGUCAGUACAUUUAUUAUUAUUAUUGUAUUUAUAUUCAGCAAGGACAAGGUAAAUUGAUACAGCAAAAAAUAGACAUGCUUAAAAAUAUUUAAAUCAAAUGUUUUAAAUUAGUCAUUUAAAUUAAAGUUUAUUUUCCAUUUGCAUUGAAUGUUUUUGUUUU